AUGGUUCACCCGAUACUUCUACAAUCCUGCUACAGAGUUCAUUCAGAAAACUUUGAGUCUGAAAAUCGGUUGAACCAAAGGUCUCAAUACAGACUGGCUGAAAAAUUUUGCUAUCUGCAGGAGCCGCAUAUUUUGAAUUUUAAGUCUGCGGCUCUUAGGGCAGCGGCACCAGCCUCCUGUGAAGUAAGAUUAAUGUACCUUUCAGCCAUGGUAUGGAGGAACGUAACAUCCCAAGCAAGGGAAUGUCUCUGCGCCCAUGGUGAAAUACUGCUCUCGCUGAAAAAAGGACUCGACGAAAACAGACGGCUCAAAGCGGCGAUAGUACAGGUGUAUGGAUUUGUGGAACUUGUGCACGGAAAUGCGCUCCAUCCUGCAUUAUGUCUCCUAGUCAAGCAACUGGCUCAGGUCUUACCCGUUGCCAUGUUUGCAAUAUGCAUUUUCGUACCCGCCCAGAUGGGGCACUUAUGCGCCAUGGGGGAAAAGUUAAGGGUUCUGAGUGUCCCGGCUCUCUCGCCAGGCCUCUGUUGGUAUAAGCUGUUAUUUCUGCCCUCAAUGGUUCUGAGAAGGAGUCCUCGAGGGAGUAAACGUCACAACCCAACAAGUGUUAUUACCCAGAGAUUGGAUGCAUUCGGCGGUUGUUCGGUGGAGAGGAUGGUGGAAUCCUUGGAGCCUGUUGUUAAAAAGGAAUGUCUACCCAAAAAGGCUUCAAGCUUAACGGUUAAUUCACAACAGGUGCUGCACUGUUUAAAGUCUUUUCCUAAGGGAACUUCUGGCGGCAGAGAUGGUCUCACGCCUGCACAUCUAAGAGACGUUACGUCUUCAAAAUCAGACUCUUCUGAUCUAGUGAAUUUGAUUGCCUCAUUUGUCAACCUGAUUCUAAGCGGGAACUGUCCGCCAGAGGCAACCCUGCCCAUCUCGGUUGGUGGCUUAGGUUUAGAUACCGUGGUGGAUUUAGCACCUUCUGCCUUCUUGGCUUCUGCUGCUGCCACGGUUCCUCUCCAAAAUUUGUUGUUGCCCAGGGAUAAAAUAUAUUCUGACCAUCUCAGAACCCAAGCUGUAAUGGCUGUAAAAAGUGAGUUGGGAUCAUCUUGGUUGAAGGCAGUCCCAAAUUCCGCCAGUGGUACCAGGCUGGACGACUCUUGUGUUCCUGUCAGUUUGGGAAUGAGACUCGGUUUACCCAUUUUAACCGAGUAUGUUUGUUUAUGUGGGGCCAAUGUUGAACCCCUGGGCUACCAUGGUCUUUCGUGUCGAUUGGGCCCUGGUAGACAGGCUCGACACUCGGCCAUGAACGACUUUUUGGUCAGGUGCUUUCAGAGGGCAAACAUACCCACAAUUAAAGAACCCACGGGUCUUAUGGAGGAAGGUAGCCUCAGGCCCGAUGGGUAUACUAUUUCACCAUGGGCGCAGGGACGUUCACUUGCUUGGGAUGUUACGUUCCCUCACACCAUGGCUGAAAGGUAUAUUAAUCUUACCUCACAGGAGGCGGGUGCCGCUGCCUUAAGAGCCGCAGACUUUAAAAAUUCAAAAUAUGCGGCUCUUGCAGAAAGCAAAAUUUUUCAGCCAGUCUGCAUUGAGACCUUUGGUCCAACCGAUGCUCAGACUCAGAGUUUUCUGAAUGAACUCUGUAGCAGGAUUGUAGAAGUAUCGGGUGACCCAUUAGAUAAGAGUUAUGUAAAGCAAUCCUUUUCUAUAUUACUUCAAAAAUAUAAUUCUUUCUGUAUUUUGGAUGGAGCGUUAAAAUACCUGUCUGUGCGAAGCGUUUAA